GCUUAAGGAAAAAUUAUCAGAAUAAAGAGAAAAUAUAUUUGUUGUAAGAGUUUUGUGCAAUUACUUUCUUGUAGUCAAUUCAUUUCCAGUAUUUUUUUUAGCAAGUUUUUAUUCUUUCCACUUUCCCUUCACCUUCUAGUUUUGAAUUCCAUUUUCAUAAAGGUACAAUAUUAUCCCAUACAGGGAAAUGGCAGAUGCUGUUGUCAGUGUUCUCUUAGGUAAAUUGGUGUCACUGCUUGUAAGCGAAGGUCGUCAACUACUCGAGUUUAAUGACCAGCUUGAAGAAACAAAGAAGGAGCUUCAGUACAUGCAGAGAUAUCUCGAGGAAGCCAAUCGGAUGAAGAGGAAAGAUAGGAACAAGAUUCUCAAGAUGGUAAUGACCGACUUAAGAGAGUUGGUAUAUGAUGCUGAGGAUGUAAUAGCAGAUUGCCAGCUUCAAUUCCAGAAAAAGCACCAAGGACGUGCAGCCAAUUUUAUGAGUUAUUACUCUCCGUCCAGUUUGAAAACCCGUCAUCAAUUGGGAAAACAGUUGAGUGAAAUAAAUAAAAAAAUAAGAGGGGUGAAGGAGAGGAUGAAGUCCUACUUGGAUACAGCUCCUCGCCAAACUGACAAAGAUGAAGAUGGUGGGAAUAUGCCGCUAACCUACCCAAUCUUAAUGGAUGAAGCUGAAAUAAUAGGCUUAGAGGAUGAGUCAACAAAGAUUGGAAAUUGGCUCUUAGAAGCAGAUGGACCCUUAACGGUGAUUGGAAUAGUUGGAAUGGGGGGAAUUGGUAAAACGACACUCACUCAAAAGACUUGCAACAAUGAGAGUGUGAAAAACUCUUUUAAGCACUUAUCUUUUGUUACCGUUUCUCAAAAUUUUAAAUUCGACAAAUUGCUAAAGAAGAUGCUAAAAAAAUUAAAGGUAGAAGAAGAAUCCCUAAGGGGAAAGGACAUUGAGGAGCUAUUGGAAAGGCUUAAGAGAGAGUUAGAUGACAAGUACUUGGUAGUUUUGGAUGAUGUUUGGGGAACGGAUGAAAGGAUGUGGUGGGAGAGCUUGAAGUCCGCUUUGCCCAAAGUGACAGGUAGCUGUGUUAUUGUUACAACAAGGAAUGAGGAAGUGGCUAAAUCAGUGGGUGCUACCGAGAGGCACAUACAUCGUCCACAAAAUCUUUCAGAUGAAGAUAGUUGGUCUUUAUUCAGCAAAGUAGCAUUUGCAAGAAACAGAGGUAAGUGUACAAAUCCAAACUUGGAGGGCUUGGGAAAGGAGAUCGUUGCGAGGUGCAGGGGGCUUCCUUUAACAAUCAAGGUUGUGGGUGGAAUGAUGAUGGGGAAAGGUGAUUCCAUCCAUGAAUGGCAGCGAAUAUCAAAGCACCUAAGGGAGGAGUUGGAAAUCAGUAAGAAAGAUGAGCUUGUUAUUUCGAAACUAGAGCUAAGCUAUGAAGAACUCCCAACACGCUUAAAACCUUGCUUCUUGUGCUUUGCCAUGUUUCCUGAAGAUCAUAAUGAGUCACUUAUCAGAAUGGUUGAUUGGUGGAUUGGUGAGGGUUUUAUUUGGGGAAGAAAUGGGAAAACAGCACGUGAGAUUGGAGAGGAAUGCUUUGCAGAAUUAUUUAAUCGAUUUUUGAUACUUGGAAUGAAUGAUGAUUUCUUUGAAAGUUACUUCACUCAUUUCAAAAUGCAUGAUAUGGUUCGAGAUAUGGUUAUAAAAAUUGCAAGAGAAGAUAACUUUUUUGUGAGUUUGGACAGUGAAAGUAUGCCCGGGUCCAGUGUACAGCCUCGCCACCUGAGAAUUUCGAGAAACACAACAGUGGAGAGAAUCCGAAACAGUUCCACCAAGCUGCGGACGUUGGUUGGGAUGCGCAUUGAGAGCAAAGAGAUGAUUGCAAGUGUAAUGCAAAACUCAGCGAAGUAAGGUGGUUGAGGGUCUUAUCUCUUUCAUUCUUAAGCACACAAAUUGAUGAAGAUGUGGUGGACAAGGAUUGGUUGAAUGGUAUAGGGUCAUUACAGCACCUCGUUUAUCUUCACAUAAACAAUAGUUCUGCCUUAAGAACACUUCCCGAUUCAAUCAGAAAUCUUCGAAAUCUUCAGAGUGUACUUUUACUCAAUUGCCCCAAUUUGAAAAGUGUUCCUAUGUCAAUCACAACAUUGGAGAAGCUGACAUCCAUCCAAAUCGUUGACUGUAAGCUUUUAGAAUACAUGCCAGAAGGGAUUGGAAAGCUUUCAAAUCUCGAGCUGUUAAUGGAGUUUAGGCCUGUGAAUUCAGAUCGGAAAAAUGGAUCCGGGAUUUCGCAAUUGAAGAUGUUGACUAAACUGAAAGAACUUUGGAUGGAGAUAAAGUCAGAGGAACAAAUAAAAGAAGGAGAAUUGAAUGUGUUAUCGGUGUUUCAGCAUCUGCAAAUGCUAAGGCUAGACUUUGAGGGCAGUUCUCUUAAAAGUGAUGAAAUGAUAAGGAAGAUAGACAUUCAGCUUUCUCCUCCCGUGGAAUGCCUCAAGGAGUUGUGGUUUUGGGACUAUCCAGGAGAAAUCACACCUGCGUGGAUCAGUCCUACUUCCCUUCCCAAUCUUCAGUUUCUUCUCAUUGGUGGGGGAAGGAUUAAGCAGAUGGGUCCCGGAUUUUGGGACAGGAAUAGUGGGGUAUGGAAGGUGGAGAUCUUGCUGCUACAAGACGUAAGAGAAAUGGACGAAGAGUGGCCGAGGAUUCGUAGCGCAAUGCCAUCUUUAAGACUCCUAAAGGUUCGCGGGUGUCAUAAGCUCAAGUCAUUCCCAUUCGAUGUUACAGGUGAUUAUCGGAAGUGGAGCAAAUGGAGGAAAGAAGAAGAAGAAGGUAUGGCUACUGUAAUUCAGUUGUAACCGUCGCUUCAUUCCUUUCGUAUAUCGGGCGUGGUUUCGGUGGAUCGUGGGAUCUAAAGAGGUGAGUGGAUCAUGCGGGACCACCGUGAUGUAUGAUCUUUUUAUACACGUGGUUCGACUACACUACAGGAAAUAGUUUUGAUUGAAUACUGACUGUUAAAAACUUCAAGACUUUGGACUAAGUGACCACACAAAUAUCAGCUUGACCCAAAACUUUUUUAGCCCACAAGAAGUUUUUAAUGAUCAAUCACUACUGUUUCCUGUGGUGUGUUCCACCUGAAAUUCCAAUCUGCUUAUAUUUUGGAUCAUGCCAUAAAAUGAGAUUUCAAAACGCAUGGACGGCGUGAAUGUUAGAGACAUACAUCAUGGUGGGUCCCAGAGUCAGGGAGCCACCGAAACCGCGCCCUUCUUGUAUCCUACUAUUUGUGGUUGUUCUCCACAAAUGCUAAUGUAAACCGACCAAAUGCCACAACACCAUAUCUCAUGAUGUUUCAGGAGGUUUAUUUGUUUCACGUGCAUGUAGAGUCAUACACAUCCAACACCCGUGGCAUGUGAAAAUUUGAAACACGUGUGUGACAUCUGAGUUUCUCGUAAGGUUGGAAAAAUUCAUUGGAUUUUCUGCCUAAAAACUCAGACAAUUAAAGUUUAGGUGGGUCACAGUACAUAGAGUAAAAUGGUGGUUAGAAAACCUAACCAUUCAUUUAUAUUAAUACGUUGUGGCCCAUCUGAAUUGUUAUAAAUGGCCCACUUUUAUGCGAGGCAAUCUAAACACUGCAUCGCGCCUGAUGUCCCUCAGAUGUCAUGCACGUACAAUGUUAGUGACAUAUAUGCCCACACGUGUAAUUUGCAAACCUUCAUUAUCAUACUAUAUCACUUGUGACAGGCCUUAGAUUGGACGAGCGGACUAUGUGCCGCCCUGACCUCACCCAAGAAAGUGCAGCCCUUAGGUGGGACCCACCUUGAUGUAUGUAUUUUAUAUCAAUGCUGUCCAUUGGUUUUGCUAGUUCAUUUGAGGGUACGAGACAAAAAUAAAGAAAAUUCAAAUCUCAUGUAAAUCAUACUAUAGGAAACAGUGAUGAUUGAAAGACUGCCAUUGAAAACUUCCCAGAGCCACGGUUAAUAUUUCCUAAUGUAUCCAACCUUUUGAUAAGCUCAGAGAAAAGUGGAUGAAGUGAAAACAAACAAAAUAUCAGGUUGAUCCAAAACUUUUGUGGCUCAUUAAUGGUUAAUCACUACUGUUUCAUAUGGUAUGGUUCACCCGAGAAUUAGAUCUGCUUGAUUUUUGUGCUCAUGGACUAAAAUUAUCUAGCAAAAUAGAUUAACAGCAUGGAUAUAGAAUACAUUGGAUUUUUUUUAUUUAUUUUUAAUCAUUCAAAUGGCAAUCUGAUAGUCAGAUAAUCAAAUAAGCUAAAUGUCUGAUUAUCAUUUAUGUCAUUCUGCCAGAGUAUCCAAGUUUUUCUUAAAAGUAAUGUCUUUUGAACUGAAUUUGAAUUCCUGAGCUAAUUUUCACUUUUGCCAAUUUAGAAUUUGGCCUAAAUUCAAUUCCUGAUCUUAAACGAUAUAUAAUGUGGAUUCUUUAAGUAAUUUUCAAAUGCCUAAUUGCCAAACGACCCCUAAAUUCCUUUGAUGAUGUUUCUGACACCUCUUCCAUCUCUCCACCUACCUCUCUGUGGUCUCUACCUUUUGAAGCUACGAGUGCUGCUAACGAAGCAGAAGAAGGAGAAGAGAAAGGACCCGAGAUACAGGAGAUUUCUUCUACGUAGCUUGAGCAAAGGCAAUUUAUAUCAUUUAGAGGCAACCCCAAAUUUCUUUAGAUGAUUUACUGCACUUAUCAUCCAACAAUAUAUAUGGUUCACCAUUUGGUUUCUUGCUUUUAACUACAUGUCUCCAUUAAUAAAUCUGUGAACUCUUGCUCCUCCUCACAGAUGGACAAAAGCCUAAAAACUUCCUUUUCUAUGACAUUUAUAUUUAUAGCCAAAUGACCUUUGUAAUGAAUAUUUUCUGAUUUUGGAGAGAGGGACAUACUCUCUAGUCAUCUGUUCAAGGUUUCACUAUAAGAUACAUUUCAUUGGUGAUGUUAGUAGAUUUA